GUUAACGGGAGCGCUUUUUGCGUGUUGAGGUUACGCACGGUGACGCUUAUAAAACCCGUCAGGCGCUCUUAGGAGCAUCCCGGAACGGAGGGCAGGGAUAUAAAGGAUUCGGCUAAUUUAAACAAUUCUCCACUGAAUAACGCGGCUUCCCGCCGGGCUGCAGUGGCUGAGAGCGGCGGACGGAGCGACUAGUAACCGGAGGAAGGCACUAGUUUCCCCCCAAUGCCCGUUUUCAUAGAUGUGGGGUCUCUCCAUCCAUGGGCUUCUCCAGGUGACCUCCAGUGACUCCAGCUACUUCUGACUGCAGCUUUGAUCCUGGACCCACCAGAAGACCUCUGCAGGAUGCAGUGUGAGGAGGGGACAGAGUGGCUGCUGGAGUUGCUGACAGAUGUGCAGUUGCAGCAGUACUUCCUGCGGAUCCGUGACGAGCUCAACGUCACGCUACUCUCCCACUUUGACUAUGUCAAGAAUGAAGACCUAGAGAAGAUUGGCAUGGGACGCCCAGGUCAAAGGCGGCUGUGGGAGGCAGUCAAGAGGAGAAGAGCCCUUUACAAACGCAAGUCCUGGAUGAGCAAGGUGUUUCCAGUGAAGCGACCCGACUCCGACCCCCAGCAGCCCCUCUCCCAGGGGCCGUCCUCUAGCCAAGGCCCAGCCAACAGCGAGUCAGGAGCUUCCCUCACCUGCCUGAUCAGGGAGUCAGAGCUGCAGCUGUUCGAGCGGCUGGGAGACGGCACGUUCGGAGUGGUGCGAAGAGGAGAGUGGACCGGACCCAACGGCAGAGUGCUGUCAGUGGCAGUCAAGUGUCUGAAGGCUGGAGUGUUGGACUCCGAUGGUCUGGAUGAUUUCAUCAGAGAAGUGAAUGCCAUGCAUUCACUGAGCCACCAGAACCUCAUUCGUCUGUACGGCAUCGUCCUCACACAGCCAAUGAAGAUGGUGGCUGAGCUGGCCCCUCUGGGCUCCCUGUUGGAUCGUCUCAGAAAGCGCCAGGGUCACAUCCUCAUCUCCUCUCUCUGUAACUACGCUGUACAGGUGGCCUGUGGCAUGGCCUACCUGGAGCAGAAGCGUUUCCUCCACAGAGACCUGGCCGCCCGCAACGUUCUGCUGUCCACCAAUGAAACUGUGAAGAUCGGAGACUUUGGACUGAUGAGAGCUCUGCCAACACACACUGAUCAAUACAUCAUGGAGGAGGGCCACAAAAUUCCUUUCCCAUGGUGUGCUCCAGAGUCUCUGAAAUCUCGAACUUUCUCCCAUGCAUCUGAUACGUGGAUGUUUGGCGUCACCCUGUGGGAAAUGUUCACCCACGGACAGGAGCCAUGGCCGGGCCUUAACGGGAGCCAGAUUCUCCAUAAGGUGGAUGUGGAGGCCGAGAGGCUGUGUAAACCUGACGACUGCCCUCAGGAUAUCUACAACGUCAUGCUGCAGUGCUGGAGCCCCAAGCCUGAGGACAGACCGACCUUCAUCGCCCUCAGAGAUUUCCUGCUUGAGACCAUGCCCACAGAUAUGAGAGCCCUGCAGGACUUUGAGGAGGAAGACAAACUCCAGAUUAAAAUGAAUGAUGUCAUCACCAUCAUAGAGGGAAGGGCAGAACAUUACUGGUGGCGAGGUCAGAACAGACGGACGCUGCACAUUAGUCAGUUUCCUCGUCAUGUGGUAACAUCAGUCGCCGGCCUCUCGGCUCAGGACAUCAGCCGACCGCUUAAACACUCGUUCAUCCACACCGGACAUGGAGACACAGACCCUCACAGGAGCUGGGGACAUGCAGACCGCAUUGACAGUCUGUACCUGGGGAACCCCAUGGACCCCCCUGAUGUCCUUGGAAUGGACUCGGGCAUCGCAAGACCAACCAAACUCCCCAACCGUGCCAAAAAGCAGCCUCCCCCUCGCCCACCUCAGCCUGCUGUUCUGCUGAAAAAGCCAUUCUACGACUCCGUGAUGGAUGAUUAUGAUGACGAUGAUGACAGCAGCACCUCAUCUGGGCUGAAGAGGCUGGGAGUGUCCCUGCGUCUGAAGCUCCGACCAUGGGAGGGGUCUGGCGUACGCUCGGCUAAAAGUGAGGUGUCACUCAUAGAUUUCACCGAUGACAGCUUUAGCUCGACCACGCCCUCACCACUCACUGAGACACGGCACCUGGAUGAGGACACACUUAAGGACACGCCCUCCAUCUUGGACUGGCCCCUCCCACAGCCAUCUUAUGAUGAGGUUGCUACAGAGCUCGAUGACCAAUCAGAGGACCAAGAGGUGCUGACCAUAAACAAAGGACUGCCUGAAGAGACUGUGGCCACACCUGGGGCCAGCAUGAUGGGCAGGACUGAGUCACAGUCAGCCGACCUCUUCCAAGAACUGCAGAGAGAGGUGAUGGUGAAGCUGCAGGUUCCCAUGGCAACGGGCCGCUCCCUGCCCUCUUCCCCCCUCCCUAUGCCCUUGGCCCCUACGGGGCCCCAUCGGCAGAUCUACCUGCCUCCUCCCUCCCCUUCUUCCACCUCCACUUCCUCCUUCACCUGCUGCUUUGAGGACCGGCCGGUUCUGCCUCCCCGCAGCCCUGUGCCCCCGUUACGUAGCUCUAAAUACAACCACUCCGCCUGCACCACCCACUCACAGGCCCGUUCCAGCUCCAUCUCCCUGGGUAAUGAGGAGGACACGCCUCCUCAGAUACCACCCAGAGAUCACGCCUUUUCUCAGCCGGGCUCUCGCUCCUCAUCUCCCCUCCCGCUAGUGCCACCGCUCUCCUCCUCCCCUGUGGCCCUUCCCCCUCCUCCUCUCUCUGUUUCCCCACGCAGAGUGUCUGGACUCCUGGGCCCCCUCCUGUCCUCCAACCCCUCUUCCUUGUCCUCUUCCCCACCUCAAGCCCAUGCUUCACGUCUCACAGCUCCUGGGGCCUCCUACUCAUCCAGCUCCUUACUGGAUCCAAUCACCUUUCAAGAGGGACGUGGCUUCUCCUCACUGAUUGACAGCUCUCAAAGCUCAGCCCCCACCCCACUGCCAGAGAGACCAGCUUUUCUGGAAAGAUACGGAGCAGCCAACAUGGCGGCAGUGAAACCCAUGAUGCAGCAGCAGCCUGGUGGAACCAAACCAAACUCCUCCUUCAAUAACAACAAUGGGCGAACUGCAGCUCCCAGCAUGCAACAGGAGCAGAGCAUUGUACAGGUCCAAGGAGCAGUGCACGGUGUCACACUGGAGGAGUGUCAGGCUGCUUUGCGGAGUCACAGGUGGAACAUCCCUCAGGCCAUAAAACAUCUGAAGGUGGAGCAGUUGUUUCGGUUGGGUCUGAGGUCCAGGGCUGAGUGCGAGGAGCUUCUGCAGCAAUGCCAGUGGAACCUGGAGCAGGCGAGCGCAGUUAUGCUGGACACAUACGGACCACAUCGAAACAGGCAGGGGCAACUAAGGAAGAAAACUUCACAACUUUACAAUACAGCUCUAUAUGGGAUUAAAAAAUGUUUGAAUUUUUUUUUGGCAAUAAUCCAAAGGUCUAUGGAAAAAUCCAAUUUUAUCAAGGGCACCUGGGUGACACCAACUCCCAGGUUCGCCUACAAAAAUACGUCACACAUACACUCUAUUUACACUACCUCAGUAGAAAACAAGUUGUUGAGAGUGAAGUUUAUACAGAAAAAACAAACAAACAAAGCAUCGUAAUAGGGAUUUGAAGUUAUAUCACAGGUUUGCUAAUGACACUGCAC